AUGAGUCCAGAUCGGGACCGGUCAACCAACACAUUUGGAUUUCCGCAGAGUCUUGCCUACGGACGAGAUGUGACUCCAGCUUCCUACAGUGGUGGGAUUUCUCAGCAGCAAUCGAGGAAUCAUCACACGCCCUGCUCGGGAUCAACGCACCCAUCCCCUCCGGUUUUCAACAUCUAUCAAGCACAAUCAGCCCGCAUGAGUCUUGAUGCUUUUGAUCUGCAACUUCUUAAUCCCUCGCCGCCUCUUCUCAAUCGAUCAUCUCUGCAAGAUCACACAAUCCCGCCUGACAUGGAGGCACCUGUAUCGAAUUCGACAUAUCAGAUGCUAGACUUCGUCAGCGACCGCCCCUUCUCUGAUCCCAACUCGCUUUCCAGGCCUUCGGGUUCCGGUCAUUCUCAUCCGGGGCAUUCUUUGGUUCCUCCUGCCAGCACUCAGCAACACCAAAGCGCAUUCUCCACUAGACAGCUACCUACACCGGACACUUCGAGUUCUGGCUUUCCCUUUCAGUCACUCCGACAGCGGAUACUGCAAACUGAAAGCAUCACUGAGCAAUACUCGCAUGCGUCGUCAUCUGCUCCACGAUUUGGCAACCAACCUACGUCAAGCAGCUCAUCGAGCCCCGCCAUAUCUAGCCCGACGGCGAGGCUGGGUGAGCGCCCACACAGACACCCUGCGACGAGUAUGCAUACAUUCCAAGAAGUCCGCGGGCCUGAAAAGCCUUCUACGCCACCCUCGCAAACGGAUCGAACCGUGCGGCACCUCGACCUAGGACAUGCUCCGCCAAUUGCCCAUGGCGUCCACCUGAUCAACCCCAGAGAUGCCCUGCCCGAUAAACUCAGAGUCAUCUUCCCUUUCGAGCUAUUCAACGCCGUGCAAUCCAAGUCAUUUGCAUCUGUCUACGAAACAAAUGAUAACCUCGUCGUGUCUGCCCCUACUGGAAGUGGCAAGACAGCUUUGUUCGAGCUAGCCAUCUGCAGACUACUUUCUCAGAAGACCGAUCAGAACUUCAAGGUUAUUUACGUUGCUCCCACGAAAGCGCUCUGCUCAGAGAGGUCGCGUGACUGGGAAAACAAAUUUAGGCAUUUGAGCUUGGCCUGUGCCGAACUCACAGGAGACACCUUCAGUACUGAUAUGUCUCGUGUGAGAGCUGCUCAGAUCAUUGUCACGACUCCGGAAAAAUUUGACUCAAUCACAAGGAGAUGGGGGGAUUACCACAAGCUUCUGGACCUCGUUCAGCUAGUUUUGAUCGAUGAGGUACACUUCCUCAAGGACAUCCGCGGAGCUACUCUGGAAGCCUUGGUAUGUCGCAUGAAGGCCCAGAGAUCCAACAUUCGAGUUGUUGCUCUGAGCGCAACUGUGCCCAACUGCGAGGACAUCGCGAGGUGGUUGGGCCGCGGGAACGCAGACAGCCGCCAGCCAGCUAGACUCGAGACCUUUGGUGAGGAGUUUCGCCCAGUCAGGCUGCAAAAGCAUGUUUAUGGUUUACAUUGCUCAGGGAAUCCCUUUCAGUUCGAGGCUCAACUAGACGCGAAGCUGUUGGAGGUCAUAACAACACACGGCCAGAAGAAACCAAUCAUUGUCUUUUGCUUCACGCGAAAGUCAUGCGAACUGACCGCCACGAAGCUGAGUCAAAUGUGGACGUCGGUUGCAGGCGACGAUAAGCCCUGGCCUGGACCUGAGCAGAGAGUGAACGUCGCAAAUGAAGGCCUCCAACAAGUCAUACGGCAGGGUGUGGCUUUUCAUCAUGCCGGUCUGGAGCAGCAAGAUCGAAUGACUGUGGAAAAGGCAUACCUCGAGGGACAACUCCACGUCAUUUGUUGUACUUCCACCUUGUCUGUGGGAGUCAACCUGCCUUGCCACACCGUGAUCCUCAAAGGGACGAUUGGCUAUCACGAUGGCAAGUUUCUUGAGUAUCCUGACUUGGAGGUGAUGCAGAUGCUCGGGAGAGCUGGUCGACCGCAAUUCGACGCAAGUGCCGUGGCCAUCAUCCUGACCAGGUCUGAGACCAAAGCAAGAUACGAGGCCAUGGCGUCAGGUACACAGGUCCUCGAGAGCACUUUACAUUACAACCUGAUUCAGCACCUAAACUCUGAGAUAUGUCUUGGUAUCAUCAAAAGUCUGGAUUCGGCCAAAGACUGGCUCAAGGGCACCUUUCUCGGUGUUCGACUCCACUCCAACCCAUCGCAUUACAAACUUGACUCUCAGUCCUCCAGCCGGGAGAGGGUGCAUGUUGAGAGAUCCAUCGAGGAUAUAUGCGAGCGAAACAUCAGCUUGUUGCAGGAAGCAGAGUUGGUCAAAUCAUCUAAUGACGCUCUUGAGUGCUCACCCGCUGGGAGGGCAAUGUCGGCUUAUAUGGUUCGCUUCGAAACCAUGAAGAUGAUCCUUAGCAUGCCGACUGGCACAAAGUUCCCUGAGCUUCUCAUGACCUUGGCGAAAGCUGAAGAGUUCAAAGAUCUAUACGUGAAGGCCAACGAAAAAGCUCUUUACCGCACCUUGAACGAAUCGCCGUUCAUGCGGUACAGAGUAAAGGCGAGAAAUGUCAGCGAGGCUUGGCACAAGGUAUUUAUCAUUGUCCAGAUCGAACUUGGUGGCGGCGAGUUUCCAUCACCUAAAUCAGAUUCCAGCAGUGGUAUUUCGAAGAAUCAGUACAACAUCACAAAGCGGCAAGUCUUCGAUCGCAUGAAGGGCCUUCUACGGUGCGUGAUUGAUUGCAAAGGUGCCGAGAGAGAUUCCGAGACUGUCAAGAAUGCAAUGGAGCUCCUGCGGUCAGUCGUUGCGGGCGGCUGGGAAGGUUUGCCAUCGCAGCUACUCCAAGUCCCUGGCAUAGGACCAGUCUCCAUGCGCAAACUUACUGCGCGCGGCAUUACAAGCAUGUCAUCAUUGUUUGAAGCAGACUACAUGGCAAUUGAGAACUUUCUAGCCCGGAAGCCACCCUUUGGCAAGAAUCUCAUGGACACCAUGAAAAUGUUCCCCAAGCUGAGCCUUGAACUCAAGCUCUCUGAAGCUCCCAACUCGAGUCACACCAACGGAGAUGAUCUUGCGGUGGUUACAAUUGAGGCAAAACUGACUUGCCAGCGCCUGGAUAGUGGCGGCGCUUUACCAGGUGGCAGGGUUGGAUAUCUCACAUUCCUUGCCGAGACCUCAGAAAAGCGCCUGGUCUACUUUUGGCGUGGACGAGACUGGAAAGCCAAAGACGACGGUAUGAAACUGAAAUUCUCGGCGCAAUUGACCAACGGGGAGACUGAAAUCUCUUGCCACUUGAACUGCGAGGGUUUGGUAGGGCUCGGCGUCUCGAAGACUGCCCAUUGCAAUUUUCGAAAACCCGCAUCCGCGAGAAGGGCGUCACAGAAGUCACUGCAGCGUAUGCCAUCCGCGACAAAGCCAGCCAAAAGCAAAAUUGCUGGCAACCAUCCCACUUCGCCCAUCGAAAUUGACGACGACUUGGAAGAUGAUGAUCUUCUUCAGGUAUUGGACCAGGUAGAGCACACAUCAACAUCGCGCCCUCUUAAAAGACCUCGUGGAGACAACGCCGGUGAAGAAGAUGAUGAUGACGAUGAUUUCCCUUCCGUCGAGCACCUUUCAAGAACGAACAAGGCAACCUCUCCGGAGCCGAUAGCCCACGAGCCGGUACAGCUCCCCAACGGAAGAUGGAAAUGCAACCACACUUGUUCAGAGUUCGGGCUCACCAAGACCGGAAAGCCAUGCAAACAUAACUGCUGCCAUGAGGGACUUGAGAAGAAGCCCAAGUCAAAGAGCAGGGCAAAGAUGGAUGGUAAUAGCAAAGAGAGAAAGUUGGAGGGCGAAGAACAAGUCAACAGCGGUGCUAGGAGUCCCGGGUCAUCGGCAGCAAAGAACGCGCUGAGCAGUUCCAUGCCUCCGCCCAAGAAGCAGAAGACUCUCAAGGGAGCCGAGUCGCAGAGCCUGCAAAGAAACUCAACCACCUCUGUUGCUUCAGACAAAAGAGCCCAGAAGUACCUGGCGCCAACUUCAUAUCAGAUACGAAGGGCAACUGUCAUUGAUUUGUCUCAGGAAGACAGCGCAUCGUCACCCGAGGAGGCCGAAGGCAACGAUACUGGCGAUGACCCUGAAGUAGUGUCUUUGCAGCAUCGAGGCCGACAUGACCGUCGUCUAGAGGAUUGGGGCCACCCCGAACAUUUUGAUUUUGACAACUUUGAGUAUCCAGACCCCAGCAAAGCUGCUCAGGCUCCGCCAGGCCCUUUCAAGGAAGGCGGAAUGGAUGUCACCUUGACACCCGAGCCCAUGCUAGGGAUCACGGUCUCUGGCGGAAUCUCUGAGGAAGACCAAAAGAAGCUUCUGGAAGCGUCACGGAUGCUAGGUUUGCGCUCUUCUCCGGAAAUUGCUCAUAAUGAUAUGGCCGAGGACUCGAGCUUGCCUGGAAGUUCAUAUAAGCUGGCCGACGAGCCGGAGAGCGACUUCUACAAGCUGGAACCUGAGCUUGAUUUGGGCCAGAACUCGAUUCCCACACCUGAGGCACACGAGGACGAGAACAUGGAUGACACAAUUGUGGUUGCUAAUCCUAUCAAGGCAGCAGAGCCGGAAUGGGUCAACGAAAUGGAUGCUGACAUAAUGGAUUUCUUCCGGGACAGCAACAUCACGUUCAUCUAG